CAGUUAAUAUUUUAGUUAGGAUAGUUAAAUCGCAAUAAAUCAAAAUGGGAAUAAAAUUUUUGGAAGUAAUUAAGCCGUUCUGCAGUAUAUUGCCAGAAAUAGCGAAACCAGAACGUAAGAUUCAAUUCCGAGAGAAAGUAUUAUGGACAGCAAUCACAUUAUUUAUUUUCUUAGUAUGCUGCCAGAUUCCCUUAUUUGGUAUAAUGUCAUCAGACAGUGCCGAUCCCUUCUAUUGGAUCCGUGUAAUUCUUGCAUCAAACAGAGGGACAUUAAUGGAGCUUGGUAUCUCACCUAUUGUAACAUCAGGACUUAUCAUGCAGUUGCUUGCUGGUGCUAAAAUCAUUGAAGUUGGUGACACUCCGAAAGACAGGGCUUUGUUUAAUGGUGCACAGAAAUUAUUUGGUAUGGUGAUUACUGUUGGUCAGGCUAUUGUUUAUGUAAUGACUGGAAUGUAUGGUGAACCCAGUGAAAUUGGUGCCGGAGUGUGCCUCCUCAUUAUCAUACAACUGUUUGUGGCCGGUCUUAUUGUGUUGUUGCUCGAUGAAUUGCUCCAGAAAGGAUAUGGAUUGGGUUCUGGUAUCUCUCUGUUUAUUGCUACAAACAUCUGUGAAACCAUUGUAUGGAAGGCAUUUUCACCAGCCACUGUUAACACUGGUCGCGGCACAGAAUUCGAGGGUGCUGUGAUAGCAUUGUUCCAUCUGUUGGCAACACGUCCAGACAAAGUGCGAGCUCUCCGUGAAGCCUUCUAUCGACAAAAUCUACCCAACCUGAUGAAUCUACUAGCCACUGUUCUUGUCUUUGCUAUAGUGAUAUACUUCCAGGGCUUCCGUGUAGAUUUGCCCAUCAAGUCUGCUCGUUAUCGUGGACAGUAUUCUUCAUACCCAAUCAAACUAUUCUACACUUCUAAUAUACCCAUCAUUCUGCAGUCUGCUCUUGUCUCCAAUCUUUAUGUCAUCUCACAGAUGUUGGCAGUAAAAUUCAGCGGCAACUUCCUAGUGAACGUUUUGGGUGUUUGGGCUGACGUGGGCGGCGGCGGCCCGGCGCGAGCUGCCCCGGUGGGCGGGCUGUGCUACUACCUGUCCCCGCCGGAGUCCCUCGCACACAUCGCACACGACCCCGUGCACGCCCUGCUCUACGUGCUCUUCAUGCUAGGCUCUUGCGCCUUCUUUUCAAAGACCUGGAUCGAUGUGUCUGGCUCCUCAGCCAAAGAUGUGGCGAAACAACUGAAGGAACAGCAGAUGGUGAUGCGCGGUCACCGCGACAACUCCAUGAUCCACGAACUGAACCGCUACAUCCCGACGGCGGCCGCGUUCGGAGGACUGUGCAUCGGGGCUCUGUCAGUGCUGGCCGACUUCCUCGGGGCCAUCGGCUCCGGCACUGGGAUACUGCUCGCCGUCACCAUCAUUUACCAGUACUUCGAGAUCUUUGUCAAGGAACAAGCGGAGAUGGGCGGCAUGAGCACACUGCUCUUCUAAGUCUCGUAAUGAUAGCGGCAGUCGGACCGCUGCGUUCAGCUCCGUUUUUAUUGUCGUUUCUGCUCUGAAUCGACAUCAUUAGGUGUACGUUUUCAUAUCUGGUAGUGUUGGAUGUGAAAGCAUCGUUGUACUUUAUCGAAAAAAUUAGAUUUAAGAUUUAAUAUUUGUUGAGUUGAAGGCAGCGCUCCUACCGGCGUAGUGUUGUGUGCGUGGCGGCGCGUGCGUGGAUGAUGUGCUAAUUUAUAUGAGAUGAACUUUAUAAUAAAAAAUACUUU